CCAUCACUUGAACCAACAGAUUCCAAACAAAAGAUCCCUCUAAAAUCUUCUCCACGAAAUCAAAUCAAGACAUGGCUUUUUUUAUUAUUAUCAUAACUCAAAACAAUAACACGCUAGUCAAACAUUGAUACCCAUUAGGAAACUAUAGAUAGCUUUCUUGGGUCAGGAUGAGAUCCAAGGUGAUUGAUUUCAAUGGAUUCCUUCACUAGCAAGACAAAGCUAGCAAUAAAAUGUCUGUAGGAAAUCCUACCACCAUCUGAAUGAAAAAUGCAAGAGAUUUAGUCCAAAACAACAAUCAACAACUCAAUCAACAACUCAAUCCACCGACCACCAUCAAUAUCACUUACACCCACCAGGGGAAGGGUCGGAGCAGAGGAACCAGGAGGUGGGCGGCGGGUGUGGACCGUCGGCGUUGGCGGGAUGUGAGACUACGCGCAGAGCAGAGGAGAAGGAGGAGGGCGGCGGGACUGAAGGGCGGCAGGACUGGAGUCGGCGGGAGGCGGCGAUGUGGAGGCGCGGAGCAGAGUAGCAGGGGGAGGGCGGCGCGGUAUGGAUUCGAACGUCGGCCGUCGGCGGGGAGGUGGGGACUUGGAGGCUCAGAGCAGAGGAGUAGCAGGGGGAGGGCGGCCGGCGACUGGAAUGGAGACGGGAUCCAGAUUCGGCGGCGACGGGAAUGGAGACGGGAGGAGGACACAGGUUUGGCGGCGAGAAUUGAUUUCAGAGAGGGAGAGGUUUGGUGGCGGCGUGCUACUCUCUGCUGGGAGGUUUGGUGGCGGCCAAAAUUUGGGGUUGGAGGAGGACAGGAGGUCGACUGACUCAAUGACAAAAUUUGGGGUUUGGUGGCGGCCACAUUAGAGAUAUUAGGGUUUUACCUAUAUCCGGGUAUCCACGGGUCGGGUUCCCCCAAACCCGAACCCGACCCAACCCGCCCAGCCAGCCAUCGUGUUUUAACCCGAACCCGACCCGAACCCAGUCAACACGGAUUUUACCCGGUUUGACCGGGUCGGGUCGGGCGGGUACCCGCGGGUCCGGGUUUUAUUGCGAUCCCUAAGCGCCGGUGCCAUUUUCGAGUUUAUUUAUGUGUUAAAUAAUUUUUAUGUUUUCUAGUUAGUUUGAGAUUUGUUUUUCUAUUCUUUUUAGGUUAGCUUUAUGUUUUUGAGACCUCUAUAAAUAGAGGAUGUAAGACUUACGAAUUUUGUACCCAAUAUUCAAGUUAUCAAUCAAAGUUGAGUUCAAGUUCAUUGCGAACGAGUUCUUUUGUGCAAGAUUUCUGUCGAGGAUUCCAGGAGAUUGUACGUGUCUCUUAUCAACUAGAGAACGCGCCUAGUUGUGGCGAGCAUCUACCCUAUAUCAAUUGCCCCUUUCCACAAGUUGAUUUUGUCUGAUUGGUUUAAUAUACCAAUUGCCCUUUGUCACGAGUUGGGAUUGUCCGAUUGAUUCCGCAUCUAUCUUUUAUUUCAAGUUGUUCAAGUUGGAGAAAAGCUUCGAAAAUCCUUAAAAAGAAGGAAGGUUGCGUACUUUGGUAAUAUAAUCCGAGUUCGAGGAUCCUCUUCGAAUCAGGAUCACAUCAAGGACCUUUUUUAGAGUGACAUUCCCUUUAACAGAAGGAAGGAUGAGUGAAGAAGUAAAGGUCGAGCCAACUUUGCAAUCUCUUCAAGAGUCUUUGCUGCAACUUACUACAACUAUCCAACAGUUGGUACUAAACCAACAACAUGAUAGGGGCAGGAGUCAACCUAGGAGGGUUGUUCGAGGUGCUCGCAUUAACAACAAACACGAAGAAGAAGACCGAAAGAGAGCUACUCAUGGAGAUAUCAAGAUUAAAAUCCCUCCAUUUUCUUGAAAGAGUGAUCCUGAAGAAUUUUUGGAUUGGGUGGACAAAGUUGAUUAUGCUUUUGAGUGUCAAGACUAUGAAGAAUUCGUCAAAGUUCAUCUUGUAGCAGCUGAACUUACCGGUUAUGCUAGCUUAUGGUGGCGAAAAACUAAAGCUCAAAAGAGGAAUCCUGUUGAGGAUUGGGAAACCAUGAAGAGAUUGAUGAAUGAAAGAUUUGUGCCAGGAUAUUACAAGCAAGAACUAUACUACAAAUUUCAAAAUAUUGAGCAACCAGGCAAGAGUGUGGUAGGUUAUGUUACAGAAUAUGAGAUGUUGCAGAUGAGGUGCAAACUCAAUGAAACUGAAGAGAUGGACAUAGCUCGUUUCAUGAGGGGGUUACGCAAAGAAAUAGCGAAUGUGGUGGAGUUACAAACCUAUUACACUUUGGAGGAAGUCAUUCAAUUGGCUAUCAAAGUCGAGAAGCAAAAAACAUACAAUGAAGGUACUAGAGGUACCCCCUCCUCUUAUCACAUCGAGGGCCAUAGAUUGGAAGCAUGAAGAGCGCCCUAAAACCACCCCUAAACCUGAACAGUCACGAAGAGAGGAGUACAAGGAGAAGACAGUUGCCAAGUAUGGGCAGACUAGCACCAUUAAAUGCUUCAAAUGCCAAGGUAGAGGACAUAUUGCUUCCCAAUGUCCCAAUCGACGAGCUAUCAUCAUGAGGGGACUCCCUCCUGAUUAUGAGAGUGAAAAGAAAGAUGAACUAGAUGAAGAAAAUGGCGAGAUAAUCUGAUGGAGAAUUGUUUGUUGUUAGAAGACUUUUUAGAUCUCAAGUAAAGGAUGACGAGCAACGAGAAAAUUUGUUUCACAUACAUGGCAAGAUCAAAGAGAACAAAUGCUUAUUCAUUGU